GGGUCAUGGGUGUGACAGCUCCGAGUCCUUGUAUAAAAGGGUGAUUUGUUUUUGAGGCAGUUUACAAAAGUCUUCUUCAAAACCACUCCAAAACCAUGAGUCUGUCUGCCAAGGACAAAGCCGCCGUCAAAGCCUUCUGGGCCACGAUCGCCCCAAAGGCUGAAGACAUCGGUGGCCAAGCUCUGUUCAGGAUGCUGACUGUCUACCCGCAGACCAAGACCUAUUUUUCCCACUGGAAUGACUUUAGCCUUGGCUCUGAGCAAAUAAAGAAGCACGGAAAGAUGGUUCUGUCUGGCGUUGGAGAGGCUGUCGACAAAAUCGAUGACCUGACAAAUGGGUUGCUCAACCUAAGCCAGCUGCAUGCUUUCCAGCUGCGUGUUGACCCGGCCAACUUCAAGAUCCUAUCCCACAAUUUGCUUGUGGUUCUGGCCCUCCUGUUCCCCGCUGACUUUACUCCUGAGAUACAUGUGGCUAUGGAUAAGUUUCUCGCUGCCGUGUCCCUGGCUCUCUCCGAGAAGUACAGAUAAGAAGUUCUGCAGGCCAAAGAACAGAGACACCCACACGCACAAUAUUUCUUUCUCAGAUCUAGUAAUUGUCCUCGUUUGAUCUAAAUAAAAAACAAUAUGAUUUUUGCCUGUCAUUAAACAUGUUAUGUGUCUUCUGUGAAACUUUGUAUUUAAGUAUUAAUGUGUGGUUGUAUUAGAUUCACAACAAAAACAAGUUGAUAGUGGUAGUGGAGGGAAAAGUAAACGAACAUAUAAUAUUUUUAUGUAACACGAAUGCCAUAGGUUUAACACACACAGGACUAACAAAUGUGAAGCGUGUUCAGUUAAAAGAGGUGUUGUCAUCCCAUUGUGAUUUACAUUUAUUAUUAAACUUGGAUAUAACUGACCUUUAAUC